AAGGAGCGAGGGAGAGCUAGAGAGAAGGAGCGAGAAAGGGGGAGAGAGAGAGGGAGAUUCUAAGGAGAUUAUUGAGUGUCAGUUUAGAAACUGCUUCUCUGCUGUCGCUCUUGCUAGGAGAAACAGUUUUGAAAAACUUUCAUACAGACACAAGGGAGUAGGAGACAGAGGAGCUAAUUUAUCUACAGAAAGAUUGGCACUUAAAGAGCUUUUUUUUAAUGGGACAUCCUUGAUGAUCGAGAUUUAGAAAAAUAGAUACAUUUCAAGUCUACAGGACUACUGGUUGCUAGUUGGCGUCAGUUACACAAGGAUAAUGAGAAUCUGCUGUCAACAUUGUGGUUAAUGACAGGUUGGUAAAGCCUGGUGGAUGUAAAGAAGUCCUGAACCAUUACCAUCGCUUCUGAAAGGAAGGUUUCUGAAACAUUACAAUGGAUGUUCCAUACCUCAUAAUGUCUGUUGAACGUUUAAGAGAUAACGGAGAGUGCUGUGUUGUGCUGUGUUGCUUGUGACCUCAUUUGAACCAGUGUGACCGUGAACAUUCUAGCAUUCUCAAAAUUCUAUGAUUCAAGUGUUUCGCUCAAGCGGCGGGGCCCGGGAUUGACGGUUUGAAUGGUGCGGAUCACGGAUGACCCAGGAGGCGGGGGGACUCCUGUAAAGGUGCAGCUGAAUGGCAUGUCUGGACGGGCCAGGGUGGGGGUGACCCUGGGAACCUGCAAGGGCCCUGACGAGGACGAGGCCCCAGAACUGUCCCUCUCGGACGAAGACGACGGCUCCAGCGGUGAAGACGCCGGCGAGGCCGACGACUACUACGACGACGACGAUGACAUUUAUCAGGAGUUUGAGGAGUUUGACUUUGAUUCCUUACCAGAUCUCCCCCCCGACCGCCAGAGCAUCGCCUCCGACGACUCCUUCUACCCUCAGGAUGACUCGCCGGAGAACCAGGGGAAGAGCCACCUGUUCUCACAGCCCAUCCAGGAGAGCCCUGAAUCGGUGUCCUUCUUCAAGGCCUGCAGCAACAACAACUCCAUCAUUGUGAAGAUCAUGAUACGGCAGGGCUUGAAGGAGGAAGAGGUCAAGGAAACAGACAAAAACAGAAGAUCUGGGUUGAUGCUGGCCUGUUACCAAGGUUACGUGGAUGUGGUUAUUGCUCUUGCUUCAUGUCCUUACAUUGACAUCAACUGGCAAGACAACGAGGGCAACACAGCCCUCAUCACAGCUGUUCAAGCAGGUCACGUCAUGAUCUCCAACUACUUACUCAACUACUUCCCUGGCCUGGACUUAGAGCGGAGGAACUGUCACGGCUUCACAGCCAUGAUGAAGGCAGCCAUGCAGGGCAGGGCUGACUGUGUCAGGGCUCUCAUGAUGGCAGGCGGGGACGUGGAGGCCCGCGACUACGGCCGGAAGAUGACCCCGCGGGAGUGGGCGCUGUUCACCGGCCGCUACGACACGGCCGCCCUGAUGACCCGGCUGAUGGAGCAGCCGUGCGCCGAGCAGUUCUGCGACGCCUACCGGCUGGAGUGGCCCCUCCUACAGGAGCUAGUGGCCCAGGCCCAGGAGCCAAAGUCCUGCUGGCGGCGCAUCUCCCAGAUGGCCAUGGACUGCUGCUCCUUCAACCUCCGCACCAAGACCAACGCGCUGGAGGACGGAGUCCUCGACCACACGGUCCGCAUCACCACCAGCCUGGUCAGCCCUCUCGUCGCCCCCGUGUGCCGCACGGUGGCGCCGGGCAGCCCGCCGUGCGUGGGGAAGCGCCGCUUGGCCGUGCAGGAGAUCCUGAGGAAGCAGCAGGCUCAACAACUACAAGAGACUGUUCCAGAACUCCCGCGUGCUCCUGGUGCCCAAGAAGACGGACCGGCGGUCCAGCCUGCAGCCGCAGGUCCUCCGGGACAUGGGAGACGUAUGUCGGCGUCGACGGUGGCGCUGCGCCGCACCAGCCUGCUGCCGCUCCACCUGAUGAGGCGGAGCAGCGUGCGGCCGGGCAUGGUGGUGCCCAAGGUGAGGCUUUGCAAGGCUCCGGCUAACGCCAACCACCUGGAGAAGCAGCGCAGGAGCAGGGAAAACAGCCACCUGCAGAUCCCCAAGUGGAAUUACAAGGCCAUAAAGGAGGAGAGGAGGAGGGCGGAGGAGGACCGUGAGAGACGGGCGCCUACCAACAGGAGGAGGUGAGGGAGGACGGGGAGAGAAGGAGCUUUCGGUUGAAGAAGGAUGAGAGACAACGUGAGGUUUAGAGGACAUGCUAGCCUACAUGGAGGAGGAGGAGGAGGAGAGAGUGCUCCAGCAGCACUUCCUUGGACUCGGAGUGGACUAGUCCACUAGAGGACACUGCAGACUAUUCAACUCUUGACUGACUCAGGCAGCUGUCUCGCUCACACACACGCUGUCGUUCUUGGUCUUUCACAAAUGGACAGGCCACCUCAGACCUCCAUGUGUUUACUGAGUGACGUGGCAUGUUUUGUUUGAAGUGCCCCUUUACAUCCUUUAGCUCUGGAAUUCUCUGGUGAGCAACAAACCGACAGACCUGGAUUUUUGUGGACCUCAUACAACUGCGUCAGCUGGAAGAAAGAAAGAAGUUUUCCGUUUGUGCUACUUAUCUGGAAUAUAAUUUAAGUGUUCUCAAAGGGAGGAACUAAUACUUGAACUUCGUACAGAUGUAUUUUUUGUAUUCAUGAAUCGAUCAGUUCUUUGUGUUAUUGGCUUAUUUGAUACACAUUUGAUGUGUUCUCCAAGACAGUUCUCUGUGUAUGCAGGUUGCAGUUUUAGGGGUAGGCCUAUUAUUGACGCAUAUUUUAAAUGUUAUCAGUUGAUUGUUUGAACGCUCAACUGUCAAUAAAGAUUACGUUAUUUCUG